UAAUUGGUUACUUGGACAGCACCAGUCGGAGCUCUUCCAUCAGUCAGCCCAUCGGACACUCUGAGCUCUAGCUACAUACCCAUCGACAGCUUUCCGUCGACGUAAUCGAGUCUACAGUAGUCACCACUCAGCGAUCUUUUCAGAUUCUCACACGACGCAACAGCAGACUGUCGCCAUACCCAUCACUAGAAAAACUAGCCACUCUAUAACCAAACAUCUGAGCAGCAUCAGUCAACCUGGCGGGCCUACUCUGGAAUAAAGAGUCGUCUUCCGUGGCGGCCGGCGCAAAACCCUCGAACCCUCUUCCCGGAGACAUCAUGACGCAGCCGCCGCCCCAACCGCAUCUUACGCCACAAUUCUGUUUCUCGACAGGAAUCCUGCGAGAUUUUCUUAGGCUAUCCCGCGCCAGCAUCGACGACUCCAUAGCCCAGAACCUCAAUGCGCUGGUGACACCCGCACGCGCCGGUUUCGACCCCGCAUCGACAGCACAGCGAGCACCACGCUCGUUCCCGCGGCAGAUAGAUCCCCAGGCAUGCCAGAACUUCAAGGACAAGGCGUUGUUCCCGACGUGGCAUUCCCGCGCAGAGGUCCUACACUACUGUGGAGUCGUCGCGACGAGUCCUGACCCCGACGAUCCGGAGGCGCUGCUACGACAGAUAGAGCAGGCCAAAGACAAGGAGCGGGUGGUUGAUGAGCGUCUAGACCCCUACUCGGGGAGGUUCUUCCCACGCGAGCCGCGGACGGAGCAGCUCGCGAUGCUCAUACGGCAAGAGAAGGGCAUCGAAAACAUUGUCCGGACGCGGACCUGGGGCAUGGUCAAGCAGAGAUGCGGCGAGUCUGUGGACACGUGGGAGGAAGCUCUAGAAGGUUGGCGACAAAGGACGGGCGUGAAGGGGGAUGGUCGAUGAAGCCCAGGUCGGCGCACAUGUAGGGCGGACGUCAAAUCUCCGUAUAAUCUGUAUAUCCUGUAUCAACAACAUUGUAACAUGACGCCAGAUGAAUAAUGAUAGACGCCAAGAGAAGUGUCAAGUAGUUACUUCCACUACAACUUGUGGCGAAUCGGUGCUCU